AUGGAGCGAAUGUUUAGUUGGUUGAAACGGAAAGCAGAUAUUAAUGUUGUAACCUAUUCAAGAUUCGGAUUGCCUGGCGAUGAAGUUGAUGAUCGUCCGCCUCCAUCCAAGAUCUACGUUGCCUCGUUCGAUGAGAAUGCACCGGAAUUUCGAAUUUUUCGAACGCAUUCUGUCCGUGCUGCCCUUGCUAGUGCUGGAAUCGGAAUGUCGGCAUGCUUGUUCUUGUUCCUAAGCAUUCUGUUCGAAUAUUCUCAAUGGCCAAAUGAUACCAGCGCUGACGUUGGAAUGCUUGUUGGUCUUUUGAUAUUUAUAACGAUUGGCGUUCUUGUGCAUUGGCAAGUAAUUCGAGGCCUCAAACUCAAUGAUUCGCGAUUUCUGGUCCCAUCAAUCGUCUCUUAUUCGUCGAUGAUCAUUGUCGAAAUCAUUUUCCUAAUGCUUUUGCUGAGUCAUGUGAUCGGAGGAACGUUUAUUAUAAAUCACACAAAAGACCGCAAUCAAAUUAUAAUGGUCAUCAUAAUGGCAGCAAUUGUAAUUGCUUUUCAAGCCGCUAUGUUACUAUCAUUCACAAGAGCUCGCAAUUUUCUAGAAAAGAAGUCGACUCAUGAGAGUGAAGUGAUGGUUGCUGAGAAAAGUAAACAGAAGAAUCCAAACCUUCAAAUCAUUUAUAUUGCUCGAGGCGAAUACGUCGAACCGCGAGCCGACAUUGCACCCAACACGGUUUCAUCGCCUCCGCCGCGUGUCAUCCUCGCCGCCAAUGACAACAUUGCGUAA